GUCGUCGGGGGCGGGGCGUUGUCAGGAAGUACACGUGUGUUUUUGUGCAAUCCCGGAAAAGAAGCGGAGGGGAGAGAGUAGAUGUCUGCAGCGAUGACGGCGGCGGUUGCUGGGCAUGGCCUGGGAGAGCCCGGCUCUGAGUGGGAGUCUCUACUGUUCAGUGAACUCAGUGACCUGAUAGGAGAAGAUGAGCUUCAGCUAGAUGUGGAGAAUGACACUUAUGAAAACAACCUUUGCAACCUCGACUUUGAUUUGGAUCUGAUGCCUUGGGACUUGGGACCCUGGGAUAAUACAAAACAGAUUCCCACAGAUGUGGACUGGAAAGUGGAGCCACUUUCACCGGUCCCUUCAACAUGUUCCGUUCCUUCUCCUUCAUCUGUGGAUUCUCCAGGCCAGCACGUGCCGGACGGUGUAGACUUUGGCUCCAGUGCUCACCUGUCUCCUGUUUCAUUAUAUGAAAAGGGCUCUGAAAGUUCCCCUUCACCUGUGGAACGGAAGGAGAAGAAGUCCCCAUCCAAAACCACCCACCGCUCAGCAAAUGGAUCUUCAGUGACACUGAGCCGGUGCAUUUCAGCUGCCUCUAAACCUUCAAUUCAGCCUAAACCCCUCUUGCCUGCCUUCCGGGAGGCUCAGCCCAGCCUUGGGAUCCAGGCGAAAACCAUUGUCCUCCCAGCGCUGCCAACCCUUCUGACACUGCCAAAGCAGUCGCCUGUUGUCGCAAUUCAGCCAGCACCACACAAAGGUCAACCGGUAGUGCUUUCACAACCCACUGUGGUGCAGCUUCAAGCUCCAAGCAUCCUUCCUGCCACUAACCCGGUCAUUGCAGUCACUGGUGGAGUCACAUCACUGCCUGGUCACCCUGUCAGUGUACUGCCACGUGCUGUUGGAAGUAGCUUGUCCCACGGAAAACCAGCCGAAGUGAAACCUGCCAUUCAUGCCACAGCUCAAAAUACAAGCACAGAUGUGAACGUUCUGAGACGGCAGCAGCGCAUGAUAAAAAACCGGGAAUCGGCCUGUCAGUCACGCCGGAAGAAAAAAGAAUACCUGCUGAGCUUGGAGGAGAGGCUGAAGGCAGCCUUGCUGGAGAACGACCACCUUAGGAAAGAGAACGGCACCCUCAAGAGGCAGCUGGAUGACUUGGCAGUGGAGAACCAGAAUCUCAAAGCUUCGCCUCCAAAGAGGAGAGCUCUCUGUGUGAUGGUGCUACUAGCUUUCGUAAUGCUGAAUUAUGACAGACUAAGUGGGUUUGAGUGGAGUCUAAACUCGUCUGAGCCUCAAACUGGCUCUUCCCACCAGAGCAGGCAUCUUCUGGAAUUCUCAGCAAGUUUACCUCAGGAAACAGGUGGCGGGAAGAACAAUGGGUAUAAGCGUUCAGUUUCAGAUAACAAAGCACUGAUGGUGGUGACUGAGGAACCAAUAAUAUACAUUUCUCCUCCACCCUGCCAGCCAUCGAUCAACCGCACAGAGUCCCUCAGGUUAAGUCAUGAGCUGCGAGGCUGGGUCCACAGACACGAAGCUGAAAGGACGAGAUCGAGGCGGGUGUCCAGUAGCCAACCGCAGAAAGCUCCAGCCAUUCCGAACUCCUCAGGACAAAAUGCGAAUUCUGAACUGAUGGCUAUUCCCUACACAGACACCAGCAUUGGCAAGAACUCUGGAAACGAGCUGCAAGUUUAUUACACUUCACCACGGAAUUACCAAGACUUCUUUGAUGCAAUUCACAGAAGAGGAGAUACAUUUUAUGUGGUAUCGUUCCGUAGGGAUCACCUGUUGCUGCCAGCCACAACCCAUAAUAAGACCAGGCGGCCCAAGAUGUCAAUCGUGUUGCCAGCGAUAAACAUCAGUGAGAAAAUAAUUAAUGGCCAAGACUAUGAAGUCAUGAUGCAGAUAGACUGCGAAGUGAUGGACACCAGGAUCUUGCACAUCAAAAGCUCCUCCAUCCCUCCUUACAUGCGAGAACAGCAGAGGAACCAAACGACUUCCUUCUAUAGCUCUCCUCCCACUGUCCCAGAGGCAGCCCCUGCAGUGAGAACGAUUGUGGAGUCACCACAGUAGAAGGCCCAAGUUGGACAAUGCCCUGGAGGGACAAACUCACCAUCCCAGGUGGGUUUCGCUUUCCCUGCUGGACUCGGACAAGGGCUUCCCUGUGUCAGUCAACCUGAGGUCCCUGGAUAUACCCUAACCCAGACCUUCCAAAUGGCCCCCUGCUGCUGAUGUUGUGGUUGUUUUCUCGAUAAUUUAUGCUUCUCCUUCCAUGUGUGGAGUGCUUUACAGUCCUUCCUCAGUCUUAAGCCUGUGGGGUGGCCACUCAUCUGUUUCAUUGUAAAAAUGAGGGAAGGCGGUCGAAGUGGUUCUUGUGGAUCCAGAGAGGAUUAAAAAAAAUUAGGGUGCCCCCAAAUGCUCUCGGCUGGAUCACUGGUUUGCUGUGUCUGCUUCAGAAUUUCAUUUCACCAUGGGACAAGUGACACAUUCUAAAGAGUCUUCCUAAACAAGCCCAUUGCACACCAAAUGCCCACUUGUUGCACGCUUGGCUGCACACAAUCCAGGACGUUUGCCCAUCUCUUAAAUUUGUAAUAUAGCAUCCCUGAGAACAUGCAUGCACACAUGCCCUAGCUGCAGGGGCCAUAGAAGCCUGGAGUGUUGGCUGGAGAGGGGCCGAGUGACAGUCAGAGAGGAGGCAGCGCUGGGUGGCUACUCUUUUAACCCUAGCCUGCCAAGAGGGACUGGUCUGAGGGAAAUGUAGAAAUGUCAGCUUCUCCAGACGUUGCCAGAUUUUGGCUACAGUUGAGCGCAGUGGUGCCCAGACCAAAGGAGCGCUAUGCUAGAGUUUGAUUUCAUGAUGCUCUAUUGCAGCUCCCCUGGGCAUGUUAUUCCCCUUUGUCAUACAGCUUUCUUUUUUCAAGGAUAGGACAGCAGCAUCUUUUCUCUCCUUCACAUGACACACGAGCUGGAAACUGUCCUGUUGCAUUUAAAGCAUGGAAGGCUAUCCCAGAAAUGGCAACAUGUAAUAAGAACAUUCUCAGAAGCGAUAGGGACGAGCCCAGGGACUAAUCCCUGUAAGCGGGAAUCAAAGCAAAAGAGUAUGUGCGUGUGUGUUCAUUCCUUUUUAUUGUUUUUAUUUCCAUGAAAGGAGCAAAGAUGUCUGCCUUCCUAGGAAAGCAGGACAGCUGCAAGGGGAAAGGGUCUACCUUUGUUCACCUGAACAGUGUCGUGCACAUGGGCAGUGCUCUGCAGUUGAUAUUUGGCCCAGCCAUAUCUCAGCCAUAACGUUGGGCACUGAGUCGUCUUUUCAAAGGCCUGUCCCGCAAAUAUACCACCAGCCCCCUUCUGACAUGGCUUGAAUCCUUCCCUUGACUUCCUUUCUUGAGCUUUGGGUUUUCAGAGAUGGAGAGGUCCUGCUGUUGUUUUUCCAUGUCGAGGAAACUUGCCUUGGCUCCUAGAGGGAGUUGAAUAACAUUUCAUAAACAUUCUUUUAUUAAGCAAGGCGUUGUUCACUCGGAGGCCAAAGUUCCUUUGUGCCCUGAUUUUUAUUGCGGGGGGGGGGGGGGAGAGCAUUAUCCCACGAUUAGCUGUUCCCUGUAGACAGCCAUGUUCUGUGCAAUUCGAUCAUGGUGGAAACAAACAGACAUUCUUGGAAGGCUUGCUUUUGGAAACAAUGUGCAGAGCUGUCUUGAAAAAAAGCGAGGGCAGAAGCCAGGAGGAAGGUCACUGCAUUAGGACUCCUGUAGGACUUUGGCGGUGGGCCUUUCCUUGGGGGAAACUCUAGCCCUGGGGCACAGGGAAAAGGCCAGGCAAGUAGUCAGCGAACUUGGCAGGUGAAAAAUGAGCAUCUGCAAGCCUCAGUUUUGAGGUUCAGCUGCCACGAAUGCUGGCAGCUGCCAGAGCGAGGCUGAGGGCUUAAGGGCACGGUCACUGCCGUGCUGAUCUUUUAGCCCUACCAAGCACAUCUAGAGGUUGCGGCCAUCAAAUCUCUGUCCUGUUUCCCUUUGUGGUGUCCGGUGCCUCCAGCUGUCCUGUUGUCCUUUGCCCUUCUGCUACACGCCCUCUUCACAACUGUCCAGCACCCCAGCCAGGCUUGCUUUCCCCACUUCCUGUAGAAAAAUGCAGUUCUCACAGCACACUUGGACAAAUAGGAAACCUCCAUUGUGGGAGGGAGGUGCCACAUGGGCAGCAUUUUCUCAGGUGAUGCGCUUGCCCUUUGCAUCAAGUAUCAUUAACUCCCCCUCCCCCCGAUACACACACCCUUUCGAUGUUUCUACUGCAGACAGCAGAAUGCAAGAUUAAAACACCCUCUGCUCCAAAUUAAAACAUCUUAAAUCACAAACAAGUUAACAUAACUUUAAUAAAUUAUUUCUCUUUGCAAAACCUGAAUGAGAAAGAAAAUUCUUUUGGGGUUGGGGAGGGGUGCUUUGGGGGGAUUUAUUUAUUUUUUGGUACCUAGAUCAGUUUGUCUCAUUUUAUGUCAGGUGAGGGGUAAAGACAUCCAACAGCCCGGCUGCCAGAACGAAGGACAGCUUUUGUCUCUGUUCUUCUGUUUUUUUGAGAAAUUAAAAACAAUUAAUGUA